AUGGACCUUAUACGCGCAUCAAUCAACUAUUUUAGAUGUUGUCCCUCCAAAAAGACUAAAGCCUCAACCUUUCGCUCUACCUCUCAACCAGCUACAUCUGGUGUCAUCCCUGGCUGGUCUUCCAUUGUGGAAGCUAGUGUGCUAAAUCAAAACCAGAAAUCUGCUUUGCCUUACGGAAAAAUAGCUUCACUAGCUCAGCAUUCGCAGCCAGCUCCAAACAGCUGGUCCGCAGAUUUAUGCAUAUCAGGCAGGAACACCUCAGUAAAUCCCUUCUCAGGACUCGAUGAUCAUCCUGAUCUCCCCAAUAUUCCUCCAGACGUCAAAAUCACCAAGGGGCAGAAGCCAGUUAUUUCUGUAGGUUGUGUCAAUUUGUUUCAAACUGUCGCCUUAUCUCAGAUGGAGCAGAAAUUAUCAUCUCAAAAAGCUUCAACAUGUGGUGUUUUGCCUCGAGGCAGUGUAGGGGAGGCACACAGGCAAACAAGUACUGAUUACAUACCAGAAUGGCCCGCCACCUUGUCAAGUAUGUCGAAAGAGCAAGGAGAUCAAGUAUGGCCUGAUUCGUCUCCAAGUGGUGCAGAUAGGACAUUGUCACAGAGCUUAUCAGAGAGCAAGACACAAGAAACCACAGGACAACAGACAGUGCCACUGUCACUUUUUCACUUCACCGUACCGCUCAAUUCUUCUGACAAUGAUGCCCCAUCAUCCACUCAGCUAACAGAUUAA